UACGACCGGCUCGCGAGGCUCUGAACGUCACCACAUACGUCGUCAGCACAAGCCUCGAUACGCGCUUCACAACAAUCUUCCUGGAUUACUAGACACACGCCUCAAACCCUCGCCAUGGAAGGACCUAUGGGAAGGACACAUCCAUACUAGUUAGCCAGAGUUAGCUUAUAGUGGUGACCUGGUUCUCCUGCGCGAUGGAGCGGCUGAUCUCCACGCUCACCGACAAACACGCCCUGUUCUCGGUUUCCCUCGCUGUGCGACUGGCUUUGGUCGCCUAUGGAGACCACCAGGACCGGACUAUGGCGGUGAAGUACACGGACAUUGACUACCAUGUGUUCACGGAUGCUGCAAGGUUCAUCACUGAGGGCGAGUCCCCGUACAACAGAUCAACCUACCGCUACACUCCUCUGCUGGCCUGGCUUCUCACCCCCAACAUCUAUCUCAGCAUGGUGUUUGGCAAGAUCCUAUUCGUUGUGUGUGACGUGCUGUCCGGACUGCUCAUCUACAGAAUCCUGCGCCUGCGAGGUCUGACCUCUGAGACUGCACGUCGUGUUUCGUCUCUGUGGCUCCUCAACCCACUGGCCAUGGGAGUGUCCACCCGAGGGAACGCUGAGUCCAUCCUGGCAGCCUUGGUGCUGGGGACAUUACUCUGUAUGGAAGGCCGACAUCUCAUAUGCGCCGCUGUCUUGUACGGCCUGUCGGUGCAUAUGAAGAUCUACCCCGUUACAUAUGCUCUGACCAUCGCUCUGACCCUGCGCACACCAGAGAGCCGAGCAGAGGACAAACAGAGGUGGAGGAGAAUUAUCAGGUUCAUUGGAAGCUUCCUCAACACUGAGCUGUUCCUCUUUGCAGCUGUGGCCGGAGGAGUUUUCUGUGGACUCACAGCCCUCUUCUAUCACAUGUAUGGCUGGGAGUUCCUUCAUCAGACCUACUUGUACCACCUGACCAGAAGAGACAUCAGACACAACUUCUCUCCAUACUUCUACAUGCUCUACCUCACUGCAGACAGCAGGUGGAGCCAGUGGCUUGGCCUGGCUGCGUUUCUCCCUCAGCUCAUCCUGCUGCUGGCAGCAUCAUGGGCAUUUCGCACCGACCUGGCUUUUUCCUGUUUCCUUCACACAGCCAUCUUCGUCUCCUUCAACAAAGUCUGCACUUCACAGUACUUCUUGUGGUACCUGUGCCUACUUCCUCUGGUCAUCCCUCGUCUGAGUCUGUCUCUGAAACAGGGGGCGGGACUGCUGCUCCUCUGGUUUGCUGGACAGGGUAUUUGGUUGGGGCCGGCCUACUUCCUGGAGUUUGAAGGCUACAACACCUUCCUGUUGAUCUGGCUCGCUGGACUGCUCUUCUUGAUCAUUAACUGUUUCGUCUUGAUUCAGAUCAUAGUCCACUACAAACCAGCACAAACUUCUCAGAGACUAAAGGUUGAAUGAUCUGAAUGUGGAAGGAAUUUUCACUCUGAUCGCAGAUUCAAUAUGAAGAUUCAAAGGAUGUUCCACUUUUCUGUGGUUUUACGUGGAGUUGAUGGACUAAAGUUUGAUCAAUCUCCCCAGUGUUUUACUGGUAAUUACUUUGUCAUGUUACCUCAUUAUUCCUGGUACGGACCAGUCAUAUGUCUUACCACUUUUGGGGCGAACAAAUGUCAGAGGUAUUUCCAGUCCUUCUGAGUUAAAGCCACUGAUUAAAUGCUUGCCACUGCAAGUCAAAACCCUUAAAUCCUCAGCGACUCACACUGGAAAGAAAACUUUUUCCAUUUGCUGAAGGGGCCAAAAUACCUGAUGUAGAUCAGAGAAUCACACAAAGUUCCUUCAGUCUGAACAACCAUGAAUCAGGCAAGUUUUCUCAGUUUAGAGAAAAUACUCAAUAAAUAUUGAUGCUCACUGCUUCACCAGAACAAACAAGUGUUGUUAGGGCUCGUUAAAUUCAACAUUUGUUGAUACAAAGAUAAAAGAGGUGCUCUGUGGUGUGAUCGGAGACACUGACCCUCAGGGUAAAAUAAUGCACUUUUUAUAUAAUGUAAAAUUUGAACGUUUACCUCCGUUACAAAGUCAUGCUUUCAUCCUGUUUGUCUGUUGGCAGGAUUAUGCAAAAUAAUAAAACCCUUAGAACUGAUUUGAUUUGAUCCAGGAUUUUUUUUGACUGCUUCAUUUAAUAUUGUGAGAUAGGACUCUCUUUUUUUGACAUUUCUGUGAAAUGUCUAUGAAAAAAUUUACAAUCUGGCAUGUGCAGAAUGGUAAUUUCUAUGAUAUAACUAUUUUUAGAGGGAUAUUAUUUAUUCAGUUACUGUAGGGUAACAAAUAUUCCUUUCAACUGUACCAAAGAAUGGACAUAUGGCCUGGGUUUCACAUUAGUAAUGCAUUAUAUAGUUCUGUGUACAUGGUAUAUGUAUCUGAUCUCAAUACAUGUAAAUGUAACAUUAUGAAAGAGUGGCCUUCUAGUUUAUGCGAUUAUACAGGAAUAUAAUCUCUAAACAGAAACAAUUGCAUUUUGUUUUUUAAAUGCUCAUCAGCUCAUUGUCAAAAACUUUACCAAUGUCUUAAACAGGCAAAUAAUCAAUAUAAAGUCCAAUAGCAUGUAAUGAGUUGGAGUUUGGUUUAAAAUGUUUUAUUUUUUUGUGUAUAUUGUGAUUCAUCCCUCUGGUCCAGUAAUGAACAGAUAAAUAAAACUGAAUUAGUAUGGAACCAAUGAA